UGCUGCCAAAUCAUUGGUCAGAGCAGGAGAUUAGUCUAUGUCAACUUACCCUUUGAGACAAAUCUCCUAGCACUAACUGAACUUAGCGUAGAUGUAACUUUUAGUCAAAAGAUUAUCUCGACUUCACUUCUCGAAUAUUUCAAAACUGAGAGAUCUUUCGAGAAAGUUUUCGUAUUUGAUGCUCAAAAUAAAGGGAUGAUUGAAGGGACCUUCGUUAUGGCCCAAGAGGAAAGGGCAAAAAAGCGCGAAACAGAACAAGAGAUGGGCAUCUUUUGGCUAUCGUGA